AUUAACUUGGGCGAGCCGCUUCAUCUGUAAGCAAACUAUGGGAUCGGAGGGUUGAUCCAGCACAGAGAGAGCGGGCAAGAGAGAGUGUGUGUGAGGAUUGUGGAAAGGUGGGUGAGAGGGAGAUGGGAUGCGAGUCGACGGCGGCGUCUCCGAGCGGGAAGCGGGGGAGGGAUCCGGAGGAGGAGGUCUACCUUGACAAUUUGCAUUCACACAAGAGAUAUCUUAGUGAAAUAAUGGCUUCUAGUCUAAAUGGACUAACGGUUGGUGACUCCUUGGCUGAGAAUCUUAUGGAUUCUCCAAUGAGGUCUGAAAGCAUCUGUUACCCAAGAGAUGAGAUUGCCUCACAGUACUCUCCCAUGUCCGAGGACUCAGAUGACUCGCGCUUUUGUGAAAACCCAAUAAGUUCCACUGUGCAUUCUGAAGCCACAACCAGCAACACUAGCCCAGUUUCUCCUCACAGGCACCAAAGAACUCAAAUAGGGCCGGUGACAACCAUGUUUCCUCCCCUUCCAAGCUGCACUCUUGCCGCCGUCGUCUGCUCCCAUUCUCGGCAGCAGCGGGGCUCCGAUAAUGACAGCCGGUUUCCGUCGUCACCCAAUGAUGUUUGCCAUACUGGUGAUCUGAGAAGAACUGCUCUUCUCAGGUCGGUACAGAUUCGAACACAGGGGGAAGAGAAGCCAUGCUUGUUCAUGAAAGAUGAUGCUGGCUAUCAGAGCCCAGAAAGGGAAGUAGAGGACUACAUUGAGGAUUGUUCUUCAGUAGAUGGCCUAAAUGAAUCUAAGUUUGGCGAGGAGUGAUUGCAGCCAGAAGUCUUCUUCAGCAUUUUCUGACACUGAUUUAGGGUUCUUUCUGUUCAUCUUUGAGGUAAAUUUGCCUUACCUUUUUGCUAACUUUUAAAGCAGGACUAUUUUCUUGUUUUUUAACUAAUUCCCUCUCUAAGGUAUUGUACAUCCUGAUGCUAAUUAAUUUAGCUAUCUAAUUUAUGAUCAGCUUCUUUUUU